AUGGAGUCUGAAUCUUCAGGUUCAUUGUCCACUCCAACUAGUGAGAUACCUGAUGAGUAUUCUAGUCGUAAACGAGGAAGAGAAGAUUUAACAAAGCCUCCUGUAGCUCAUAAGCAAAGAAGUCAAUAUUGGUUAAAUUGUAAAAAAAGAGUCCGAAUAUCAAGUGAUGGAAGUAAGCAAUCAAUCGCGACGUGCAAUUAUUGCAAAACUGAGAUUCCUAUAACUUAUGGAAGUACAAGUGGACUGAAAAAUCAUUUGGUAAAAAGGUGUGCUUUGAAGCCCGUUAAGUAUGUGAUUAGCAAUGAAGUGUCAUUUCGAGCGGUUGAAGGGAAGGGGUUUAUGAAAUUUGUGCAUGAAUUACAACAAAGAUUUAGACUCCCUAAUCGACGAAAGGUUGCAUGUAUGGUUUACGAUUUAGUUUUAAAUGAGAAAGCUAAGAUGAAACUUGCAAUCAAUGGUCAAAGAGAUGGUUUGAAAGAACUUGAUGCAUCAAUUAAGUCUAUCAGGAAUGCAGUUAAUUUUAUUCAUUCUUCACCUUCAAAAUUGAAUAAAUUUAGAGAGUUUGCAGUUCUAGCUAAGUUUGCUAGUACAUCAACCGUGCCUAUGGAUAUGAAAACCAGAUGGAAUGCUACUUAUAAAAUGCUUGAUGUUGCAUUGAAGUAUCGGAGGGUGUUUGAGAGGAUGGUUGAAGAAUAUGUGCCUUUUAUGAACUAUUUUUCUGAAAAGAGUGAAAAGGGUAAAGAAAGGGUAGGACCACCGAAUGAGGAGGAUUGGGAGGAUUGGUGUGGCCGUGUGGGCGGCGACCGGAAUGGAGUGGGUGUUGAUAGCGUGCUUCUGUUCUUACUCACGCGACCCUGUGAGACUUCCCAAGAGGAUGACAAAGAAGAAGCCGCAACAGCGGCAUCCUCGACUUUAGUUUCCAAUGGAUGCAUUGAUUAUCACGGGAGGGUUGCCGAUAAACUCACAACCGGAGGGUGGAAAGCUUCCCCUUUUAUUAUAGUUAAUGAGGUGGCCGAGAGGUUGGCAUUUUUCGCGGUCGCGGUCAACAUGGUGCUUUAUUUGGUGGGGGAGAUGCAUCAAUCGCUACCGGAUGCAUCAACUCAUGUCACGGAUUGGAUUGGCGCCGCAUUUGUUCUUACGUUGCUCGGUGCAUUUCUCGCCGAUUCCUAUUUGGGCCGCUUCCGUACCAUCAUCAUUUUUUCUUGCAUCUAUGUAUUGGGAAUGGUGUUAUUAACUUUAUCGGCGUCCAUAGACAGCUUAAGACCACCCCGGUGCAAGGCAAAACCAUGCCCCCAAGCAACCACGGGGCAAAAUGCUUUUCUUUUUUGCGCGUUAGCCCUCAUCGCCCUUGGAACCGGCGGGAUCAAGCCAUGUGUGUCCUCAUUCGGGGCAGACCAAUUCGACGAGUCAGAUCAAGGGGAAGCCCAAAUGAAAUACGCAUUUUUUAAUUGGUUCUUCUUUGCCAUAAACACCGGGGCCCUUUUAGGCAUCACGGUCAUGGUGUACGCGAGAGUCGAGCUUGGAUGGGGUUGGGGAUUCGGCAUACCCACAAUGGUUAUGGUUGUUUCAAUUAUUAUCAUGGUUGCCGGUUUAUUCAAGUAUCGGUAUCAAAAGCCCAUGGGAAGUGCUUUUACUAGAUUUGCUCAAGUGGUUGUGGCUGCCGUGAGAAAUCAUGUAAGAGGUGUCGAGGUUGAGAGGGAAGAUGAUCUAUACGAGGUUGAGACAAGAGAAUCCGAUAUUUUCGGGGCCCGGAAACUUCCUCACACGAAACAAUACAGGUUCUUGGACAAAGCGGCGGCGCGUGCGGCCCCGGCCGGAAGAGAUCCGCCGCCGAGCCGGUGGCGGCAGUGCAGCGUAACCCAAGUAGAAGAGCUGAAGUCGUUCCUGCGAGUAGUCCCGGUGUGGGCGUCGACCAUUGCCCUGGCCAUCUCCUUCACGCAGCUGUCCACCUUCUUCAUCCUCCAGGCCACCACCAUGGACCGCCGCUUCAUCUCCUUCUCCAUCCCGCCGAGCUCCACCCCGGUCUUCAGCGCCGUCAACGCCGUCAUUCUCGUCCCUCUCUACGAGCUCCUCGCCGUCCCCUUCCUCCGUGCCCGCACAGGCCACCCCCGCGGCCUCUCCUCCCUCCACCGCAUCGCCGCCGGCCUCUUCGUCUCCAUCCUCGCCAUGCUCUCCGCCGCCGCAGUCGAGAAGCGGCGGAGGGACCAUUAUUCUAAUUAUGGGGAUCGUCGGAUGAGUGUAUUCUGGCUCUUCCCGCAGUGCUUUCUGAUGGGGACGGCGGAGGUGUUCGCGUACGUCGGGCAGCUGGAGUUUUUCUACGACGAGGCGACGGACGGGACGAGGAGCCUGAGCAGCGCGCUGUUUCUGAGCGAGUUCGGGAUCGGGAGCUGGCUGAGCACCGCCGUGGUGAAGGCGGUGGAGCGUGGCAGCGGCGGGGUGGAGAGGGGGUGGCUGAGGAAUGAUUUGAACAGCAGCAGGCUCGAUUACUUUUACUGGAUUCUUGUGGGGAUUAAUGUUGUCAAUUUCUUGGUGUUUUUAUGGGUGGCCGGAAGAUACCGCCGGAGGGACGGCGGCGGCGGCCGAAGAGGAGGGAGUGCUGUUGAGGAUGAGUCGACGGCGUUGAAGUUGGCCGGAGGGGUUGCAUGA